GUUCGUAUCAUUCGCUUCAGAAGCGCCACACAGCUGUAGCCAGGUGGGUUUCCGAUUUCCAGCCGCAUUUCCUCUCCACGUUCAACGGCACGUUCUGUGUUUGCAGGCUUUCUUCUGUGACAGCCAAGGCCCAGCCGGUGGUUAGUUACCGAUUGGAUGGCGGUGAGCAAGGCUGGCGGGGGCCACACCCUGGAGGAGAUGAAGAAGCUCCGGGAAAACCUCGCCAAACACCUGGAAGGUACAUGCAUUAAUGAAUAUCUUUGUGGGGCCUCCUUCGGUUCCUUCCUUGCUACCCACCUCUCUCUCUCUCUCUCUCUCUGCGUGUGUGUCUGUGUGUGGCCUGUUCGUUCGCUUGUUCGUUCGUUUGUUCGGCUGAUGGUUGGUGUUUUGUUGGUCGGUGUGUUUCUUUCAUUCAGUGCGUGAGAAGUCCAUCUUCAGUAUGGAGGGCGACUACCUCACGGAGCACGUGCAGGGCAACAUAGUCCAGGGGUGGGAGGGAUACCACACCAGACACGGCAAAUUCGUAAGCACACCCACACCGACGACACACACACCGACCACACACACAACACACACUCACGCCGUACCGUUUCCUCUCCUCUGUAUGUGCAGCCGGUGAAGCUGCCGGUGUUGCUGGUCCGUAGUGGCGAUGGGCUGGAUGCCCACCCGCUCGUCGCCCCCCCAGCCGCCCCCCCGGCUCCCCCGGCGCCCUACGUGCCGCAGAUGCGGGACCGCCUCUUCUCCCAGAGCAGCAUCACAUCGCCCGUCUACCUGCGGGACGAACAUGGGCGUACGUCACGCCACGCAUUAGAGAAGGAGGGAGCUCUGAUGGUGUGUGUGUGUGUGUGCGCAGUGGUGCUGCGGCCAGACCCAUUGCCGACCCCUCCAGCGGCUCCGGAGCCCAGCGCGGCUGCGGCUGCCGAUGACGUGGAUAAGGGCGGUGAGGACGGUGGUCAUGGCGAGUCCGAGGCGGCCGCGGCGGCCAGCGGUGCUGGUGGUGGUCAGGAGGAUAAGAAGGGUGGUGCGGAGGGUGACGACGGCAAGACAGCCGCAGCAGAAGCUGCAGGUAAGGGGGAGAGGGCGGCCGGGGGUGAGGGGGUGGGGGCAUAGGAAUGAAUUGAAUGGCUGGCUGUGCGUGCCGUGCCUAUAAUGCCAGUCAGUCAGUGAUGCGUGUGUGUGUGUGUGUGUGUAUGGGUGGGUGAUGUGUGUGCAUACGUGUGAGUGGAGUGGGAGUCUGUUGUGUUGGUUUUAUCUGUACAUAGCUUCGCUACUCCUCCUUCUUUUUUCGCUUUGUCGUUCAAUUUGGUGCGUGUAAUACUCACAGACCUCUGUCGCUUGAUCCAUCGAUUCAAGUGUGUGUGGCAUGUG